CCAUGAUGCAAAUUUGCGACACCUACAACCAGAAGCACUCUCUCUUUAACGCCAUGAAUCGCUUCAUCGGCGCCGUGAACAACAUGGACCAGACGGUGAUGGUGCCCAGCCUGCUGCGCGACGUGCCCCUGGCCGAGCCCGGGCUGGACAACGACGUCGGCGUGGAGGUAGGCGGCAGUGGCGGCUGCCUGGAGGAGCGCACGCCCCCGGCUCCUGGCCCGGGCAGCGCCAACGGCAGCUUUUUCGCGCCCUCCCGGGACAUGUAUAGCCACUACGUGCUGCUCAAGUCCAUCCGCCACGACAUCGAGUGGGGAGUCCUGCACCAGCCGCAGCCAACGGGGAGCGAGGAGGGGAGCGCCUGGAAGUCCAAGGACAUCCUGGUGGACCUGAGCCACCUGGAGGGCGCGGACGCCGGCGAGGAGGACCUAGAACAGCAGUUCCACUACCACCUGCGCGGGCUGCACACCGUGCUCUCCAAACUCACGCGCAAGGCCAACAUCCUCACCAACAGAUACAAGCAGGAAAUCGGCUUCAGCAAUUGGGGGCACUGAGGCGGGUCGCCCGCGGCUGCCCAGCACCCUUCCCCCCGCCCCCCCAUUUCUCACCCUCUCCCUUUCCUCAAAUCUAUUUUCUUUCUGGCUGUAGGGCGCGCUGGGCGGACUGCAAAGUUGGGGGGCUGCGUACGUGCAGAGGACGCGGCGGAGCUAGAGGGAGGAAGGGGCUUCUUUUGGGAGAGGAAAGCGAUGGCAAAACGUGGCGGGGGGCGGGUGUGCCCAGUGACUUCCUUCUCCCGCAGAGGGGUGGUGGUGAGGGGGCUGUGUUCUACUCUGUUGGGAAUGGGACUGAGUUGACGCCCUGCCUUCAGUCUGUGCCUUUCCUGGAGUUUCUAUUCUGUUCUUUCCGGAGGAGAAGGGCCGAGAAAAGGGCCAUUCCAGGGCGCGGCGCUGGGUUGCUACACUUGGGUGCGCCGCCCGGAGCUGGGCGCUGGGGAAGGCGGGGCGGGCGCGCAGCCUCCCGCCGCCCUGCCGUUGGGCUGGUGGAGGCCGCAGCGUUGCUAGGAUUGCAUCAGUUUUCCUGUUUGCACUUUUUUUUUUUUUUUUUGGUAACAGUGGCCCUGUCUUAAGUAUUUCGAAUCUCCUCCUUGCUCUGAAACUUCGGCGAUUCCAUUGUGAUAUGCGCACAAACAGCACUGUCUGUCGGUAACCGGUACUACUUUAUUAAUGAUUUUCUGUUACACUGUAUAGUUGUCCUGUGGCACCCCUACAGCAUCCCUUCCACGCUACCCCCACCCCGGUGUGUGUAAGCUGGCCCUGGACCAGCUUGUACGAAGCUUGCUACCCAGCCAGUGAAAAUAAUAACAUUAUUAUGAGAAAGUGGACUUAUCAGAAAUGGAACCAACUGACAUUCUAUCCGUGUUGUAUAUGGAAUGAUGAAGGGUUCCAGUUAUAUGUCUUAAAUUUAUUUAAAACUUUUUUAAUCCAGAUGUAGACUAUAUUCUAAAAAAUAAAAAAAGAGCAAAUGUGUUAACGAAACUUGACAAGUUUAUUGCUUUCUCAUCUGCCAGUGGAUGGAUGGCUUAGUAGUUAAAUAAAAAUAAUUUUUUUUUUAA